AUGGGUCUCCGUUCGUCUCGGCGCGCUCUCUUGAUCUCGUUCUACCUCAUUUUGCUAAACGGUUGGAGCGCAGCGUCGACCUUCGAGUUGACGGUACUUCACACCAAUGACAACCAUGCACGAAUCGAGGAGACCGGCGAGGACUCGGGAAAGUGUCGAUCCGGGAGCCCCUGCUUCGCUGGGGUGGCCAGGAGGUUCACCAAAGUGAGUGAGAUCCGUAAAAACGAGAAGAACGUGGUGUUUCUGGAUGCUGGAGACCAAUUCCAAGGGACUGUCUGGUUCAGCUACUAUAAAGGUGCUGAAGCGGCAUACUUUAUGAACACACUUGGUUAUGAUGUUAUGGCUUUGGGAAAUCACGAGUUUGACAACGGAGUGGAGGGUCUCAUUAAACCCUUCCUCCUGGAUACAAAUUUCUCAGUGGUCAGUGCCAACAUUAAACCUGACCAGACUCUGGCAACGUUACAUAACUACUACAGUCCCUACAAAGUUAUCAACAUUGGCUCAGAGAAAGUGGCUGUAGUUGGCUACACCACAGCAGAGACCCCCUUCUUAUCCAUGCCAGGCCAACAUCUAAAGUUCGAGGAUGAGGUGGAGUCACUUCAGGCUCAAGUAAAUAAGCUGGAAAGUCUCGGCUAUAAUAAAAUCAUUGCCCUGGGACACUCUGGCUUUGAUGUGGAUCAAGACAUCGCGAGGCGUGUGAGAGGGGUUGAUGUUGUUGUUGGAGGACACACCAACACUUUCCUCUACACAGGAACACCCCCAUCUUCCGAAGUGCCAGCUGGCCUCUAUCCUUUUAUGGUAAGAUCCAACCAUGGCAGAGACGUACCAGUGGUCCAGGCCUAUGCCUUUGGGAAAUAUCUUGGAUACUUAAAAGUCACCUUUGAUGAGGUUGGCAAUGUCAUCAAAGCUGUUGGAAAUCCCAUCCUAAUGGACAGCAGCAUACCUCAAGACCCACGUAUCCUUGCUGAUGUCGAGAAGUGGAAGACCAACUUGACUCAGUACUCCUCACAGUAUGUGGGACAAACCUUGGUCUACCUCAAUGGGUCAUUUGAAGAGUGUCGAUUUCGGGAGUGUAACCUUGGAAACCUAAUCUGUGAUGCGAUGGUUUAUCACAAUAUAAAGAAUUCAAGUGAGCAGCAGUGGAAUCACGUGAGCCUGUGUAUGCUGAAUAGUGGAGCCAUACGGGCUCCGAUAGACGAACACUACAAAAACGGCUCCAUAACAAUGGAAGAGAUUCUGACCGUCUUACCAUUUGGAGGAACCGUUGACUUGGUCCAAAUAAAAGGAUCAACAAUAAAAAAGGCAUUUGAGCACUCCGUUCACAGAUAUGGAAGCAAGAGUGGAGAAUUUCUUCAAGUCUCGGGUAUUCGUGUAGAAUACGACCUCUCCAGGCCAGUGAACCAGCGUGUGGCAUCACUGAAACUGCUCUGCACAGAGUGCCGUGUGCCCAAGUAUGAAGCGUUAGACCCACAGAAGACAUACACUGUGGUCAUGCCUUCAUACGUAGCAGGUGGAGGGGAUAACUUUACAAUGAUUAAGGAGGAGUUACUCAAGUAUAAUUCAGGUGACAUGGACAUUACUGUUUUUUCCAAGUACAUCCAGGAUAAGAAGCAUGUGUACCCUGCAGUAGAAGGCCGCAUCACUUUCAGGAACUCUGCUGUCAUUACUCUAUUCAGCACUGGCUUGUUGCUGCUGAAUCUAUGUCUGUCUCUGACCCUCUGAUUGGCUUCUUACAUUCUGGUAAACUGUGAUCUAUUGAAAGACUCAGAAACUCCUGCGGGACUUGGUUAACUGUCUUUUCACCUCACUGCCUUCAAGCCUAACUAGAAGACAACAGAAUUACAGGUUCAGCCCCAUGGUUGCCAGUGUCCAGGCAGAAAUUAAUUUUAAUCCACAACCGAGCCAACAAUCCCCCAAAAAAUAUUAGAGACAAUGUUGUUUACUAAAACCUUACACACACACUUAUUUACAGAGUAACAGUGGAUGGAAACAAGCACACAAAAUGUCAAGGAUACCAAUUGGGUUUUUCUUUAAUUAUCCUUCAGUCUUAAAGUGCCUCAAAAACUCAGGUUCGUGUGAUUGGAGAGAAUUUAUUCAGAUAGAAAGAAAAAUACUAUAAAAGCACAUCACCUUUAUAAAGAACUAUGUGGUUAUCAGGUUACAAAAAUGAAUGUAUUACUGUGGAAAUAUGAUUUGUAAAUAAGCCAGUGAUUUGUUGUCACGAGGGCCUCCUUGGUCUGCCAGUAUGCAAAGCUGAAAGAUUCAGCUGAACUGAGUUCAUGAAUUUGUCAAUGCAUCUAUGCUUUUUAUUCAAAAGUCAUAUUUCUGAAAUUGCUUUGUAAGACUGUGAUAAAUUGAAAACCCAAAUGUUUUUUUUUUUUCCCUAUUUUUUAUUUUUACACAUUGAAAGUAGAUGGAAUUAAGGCCCAUUAUGUAUUGAAUUAAUCUUGUGGUCAUUCCAUCAUUAGCUUAAUUUUAGUAGCAAAUAGUUGUGGGGUUUUUUUUUGUUGUUUUUUUUUUUUAAUGGUUGUUUUUUUAAUGAGAUUGUUAGUAUAGUCAGUCUCAAAAGCCGGGGAUUGGACCACCACCCAACACAUAUUGCACCCGACCCCUGUGGCGCCUCCUGCGGGUCAGGAGGGCAGCCCAUCUGUCAUCUUCGGGCUGUGCCCAGCCAGGCCCCAUGGGUUAAGCCACCUAGAGCUCUCCCUCAAGUUCCAUCCCCAGGCCUGACUCCAGGAUGGGGCUCCAGUAACCCUAUGGUAAACUGGUCGCUUGAUUUUUGUCUUUUUUCAGAGUGGUCCUCUGCUCAAAAGGAGCCAGUCUGACUAGGAUGCUUCCUGGGUGAGAUGUUCAGGGCAUCUUCUAUGGGGAGGAGGCCCCGGGGUAGACCCAGGGCAUGCUGGAGAGAUUACAUCUCUUGGCUGGCCUGGGAGCGUCUAAGUAUUCCCCUGGAUGAGCUAGAGGUGGUGGCUGGGGAGAGGGAGAUCUGGGCGGCUACCCCCUUGACCCAGCCCUGGACAAGCUGCAGGAAAUGGAUGGACAUUACUAUAGUAAUAUGUAUUUGGUUGCUAUGAUUAUUCCUUUUUCAGCUACCCGUCAUUUAGCUUAAACGUUUUACAUAUCUCUCAAGCCUCAAUCAAGUGCCAUCUUCAAAUGGACUGUCACAGCCAAUCAUAUUCAGCUGUCAAUGACAAAAGAAACAGAAAAAUUUCAAAUUUAAGAUCAAAUGUUUAAUAUUUUUACUACUAACUUGACUUUUGGAUUCAGAUGAUAAGGUUGGUGAUAGUUUUCUUUUAUUAUUACAUCUAUUUAAAGUCACAGAGGACACAGAGACUAGAGCUGUGUUUAAAUUCCCUUUCACAGUUUGUGUCCUAUGUAACAGAUUCAAGCUGAGUGCAUUCAUUAGGAUUAAAAUUUA